AUGACGACGACCAUUCGAGGCGACCAGUUCAUACGCACCCUCAGACACUAUCUUGACACGAACGAAAGCAAGCUCUUGGACACGCUUUCGCGAUCUCGUGGGGCAAGACCACUGUCUUCUGCAGGGCGGACAGAGCGUGAAAGCGAUGCUGCUAGUCUUGGUUCAUCCACGAACCUGCAUCAAGGCACGAGAAUCAAUAAUCCACCCUCAUCCCUCUACGGCAUUCCGAUUCCCUACAUGUCACUUUUGGCUGCCACUUCCCCCCAUGCCACCUCGGUCGGCAUGACACCGUAUAUGCCCCCGAAUCAUUCCUGCCUCACGCUCGAUAUCCACUACCUGUAUUUUCUACUGGUGCAAUUUGAUCACAUCGGUCUAGAUAUUGGUGACCCUUCUUUGUUGGGCGAUAUACCAGAGCACGGUAUUAUUGAGACAGAGACAUCCGAAACAGCUGGAAAAGCGCCAUCGAUCAUGUCGGUGGGGUCGAUCGCAUCAACCAUGUCAACGUUUUCUUUAUCGAGUGGGUGGAAUUUUUGGCAACGGAAAGCGCAGACUAAACCGUCGGAUCGUCCAAUUCAUGAAGAUGUGGCCUCCAUUUACCGAUUUUUGGAACGGAUCACUGCUCUCAAACUGCAGUUGAGUUUAUCCAUUGAUACCCAGACUGGUGUUACCCGAAGUAGUCCACGGGUCAUUUCCGGCUACGAGCAAUCUUUACCGCAGGAUGGAUCGGUCCUGAUUUCGUUGCGACCUUUCCAUCACCUCACCUUUCUCGAACUUGAUAAAGUACACCCACGAUGCUUGGAUGGAUGGAACGAGCUGCAACGGCGACUGGUGAGUUUGGUCAUCCGGGGAGCAGGCGUCGAAGAUGCCGCCGACGCAUUAGAGGAGCGAUGGCGUCACUUGAAAAUGCUCUCUUUAGCGGAUAACAAUCUCACCACGCUUGAUCCGGAACCUCUCCAACACAUCCGGUCCAUCACCCACAUCAAUUUAGCCAGCAAUCUACUCAUCGAUGUACCUGCUGCAUUAUCCAAUCUUUACAAUCUGCAAUCACUGAAUCUCAGCUAUAAUAUGAUUUCCUUUACGACCGGCAUUAACACGAUUCUCGGCAAUAUUCAGGAACUCGAUCUGCGAGGCAAUCGUUUAACCAUGCUUGCUGGCCUCGAACGAUUGUGGGCUUUGGAACGAUUGGAUUUGCGUGACAAUCGCAUUGAAGACGCGGCCGAGGUAGGCCGUUUAACCACUUUGCCCAACAUCAACGAUAUAUGGAUCCAAGGCAACCCGUUCACCAAAACUCAGCCGGAUUACCGGGUAGAUCUGUUUAAUAUGUUCAAAGCGGCUGAUCUCGACAUUCAUUUGGAUGGCACGAAACCGGCAUUUUCGGAAAGGCGACGUAUUGUUGCCACGCCUGUGCGGGACGGUUAUCGUGCGGCGGCGGCGGCAGUGAAUACAGAAGCCGUGAAAAGAUGGCCUACGGCUCAACCGAGUGCCGCUAUUGGUGACACGGAUUCUGCCAACAGUGAACAGAGUCAAAAAAUUAAAAUGGCGCGGCCCAAAUCGAAAAAGGUGAAGCGAGUGGUUCGCUUGGGAGGUGAAGAAGGUGCCAGGGAGACCGGAGAAGAUACGGCGAGUAAACAUCGUUUGGCAGAAUUGGAGCAGUCAGUGAAGCAAGAAGCAUUGGCGCGUAAAGCGUCAAGAAAGCAACGUCGAGCGCGUUCGGUGCAUCGAAGCGAGUCUUCGGAAGAAGAAAAAGCCAAUCGGCCACGCUCGGUGUCUCCUGUGUCAGAUCGUCACAGUGAUUCUUUCCGACGCAAAAUCGAAACCAUGCGCCGUGAAGCAGGCACCGAAUGGCUGCGUGUUCUUCAGGAAAUGAAACUCGGCGAUGAACCUGAUCAUCCUUCUUCGCUGCAGAAAUGGACAUACGAUGUCGCGCUGUGGAUCUUUAAUAUCAUGUUGGAGAUCUUUUUUCGAGAAGUGCGACCUCGAGGAGCUCACAAAAUACCCAAGGACGGGCCUGUCAUCUUUGUAGCCGCUCCUCAUGCCAAUCAGUUUGUUGAUCCCAUUAUCCUCAUGCGCGAAUGUGGUCGCCGUGUUUCAUUUUUGAUUGCCGAAAAGUCCAUGCAUCAACGUGGCAUUGGCUUUUUUGCUCGCAUGGUCAAUGCCAUUCCCGUCACUCGACCUCAGGAUCUCGCGGUGCCGGGAAAAGGCCGUAUUCAGUUACUGAAUCGUAAAACAGACCCGCUCCGCAUCACGGGAAUUGACACCCAAUUCUUAUCACAGCUACGACCUCGAGAUUCCAUCGCUCUUCCUAAAGGCGUCGGUACUGCCGAAGUCGUCGAGGUCAUCUCGGAUACCAUGCUUAUUAUUAAAAAGGAGUUCAAGGAGCUGAAAGCCCUUGAAUUACUGACCGCCAACGACGGCGCCCCGUAUAAAUGCUUGCCGCACAUUGAACAAGAAUCCGUCUAUCGUUCCGUGCACGAAGAACUCAACAAGGGUCAAUGUAUUACCAUCUUUCCCGAAGGCGGUAGUCAUGAUCGGUAUGAAAUGCUCCCUCUCAAAGCUGGUGUUACUGUGAUGGCUCUCGGAGCAAUGGCAAAAUACCCGGGUUUGGAUGUCAAAAUUGUACCUUGCGGCUUGAACUAUUUUCAUGCGCAUCGAUUCAGAUCCCGAGCGGUGAUUGAGUUUGGUAAUCCGAUCACCAUCUCGUCAGAACUCGUCGAUAAAUUCAAAAUGGGAGGCUCCGACAAACGUGAAGCAUGCGGAAAACUGCUCGAUACCAUUUAUGGGGGCCUGAAAAGUGUGACCGUCAAUGCAGGCAGUUAUGAAACAUUGAUGUUGAUCCAAGCCGCACGAAGAUUAUACAAACCAGCUCAUCGAAAGCUCCAAAUUUCCCAAGUAGUCGAUCUCAAUCGUCGCUUCUUGAUUGGUUACCAGUUCUUCAAAGACGAUCCAAAAGUGAUUGAUCUACAACAACGCGUGCUGGCGUACAACCAGUUGCUAAAAUAUCACGGCAUUCGCGAUCAUCAAGUUUCACGCACUCAUAUCGGUGGAUGGUCCACUUUGUUUCUCUUCCUGAAACGUCUCGCCAUUUUAACUCUAUUGACAUUAUGGGCUUUUCCAGGUGCUAUCCUCAAUUUGCCCGUCGUCAUUAUUGCCAAAAUCAUCAGUCAAAAGAAAGCACAAGCGGCUCUCAAGGGGUCAGUUGUCAAGAUUGCCGGUCGUGACGUUCUUGCGACAUGGAAACUUUUGGUCGGGCUGGUUCUAUUGCCGACACUUUAUGCAUUGUACAGCUUUAUGAUGCUGAUUGUUGUUCUUCGUACAUCGUGGGACUUCAAAUGGAAAAUCAUCUUGCCUUUGAUUACAUGGAAUAUGCUACCUUUUGUUUCCUACGCAAGCUUACGCUUCGGUGAAAUCGGACAUGAUAUUUUACGAUCACUUCAACCCAUUAUCAUGGCGAUGCUGGACCCUGACGCGGCCGAAAUAUUAAGGCAUAACCGAGAAAAGCUUUCGCAAGAUAUUACCAGUUUAAUCAAUGAAUAUGGGCCCAAAGUUUUCCCUGAUUUUGAUGCGGACUACAUAUUCCGUAUCGCACCUCCUUCGGUCAGUCCCAGUCCUAGUCGAACCACCAGUACAGGCAGUCUGCCGUGGUCAUCCAAGCAGAGCAAAUUACCGAAAAUUGCCAGUGGAUUCUUCCAGCAAGCGGCACGGAUGGAGUGGUUAGACGAUCGCAACUUAUUCAACUGGGGACGCACCGAAGAAUCCGAUGUGGAUGACAUCUUUUUCUUUUUGGAUAAACACAAUGGCAGUAUCAGUGGUCGCAGUCGAAGCGGGUCUGCCAGUGAAUCGGAAUCGUCGCGUCCAGUGAGUCGCAACCGUAGCCGGUCCAACAGUCUUGGUGAAGGUUUCAAGGUCGAAGCCAUGACUCCCGCACGUGUCUCCCGACGACCAGUUUUCAAGAUCACCGACGUCGACGAAGACAUUGAUGAACUGGCUGUUGCCGACCAAAAGAAACAAGACCAGCAAGAAGCAGUGUACCAAAGAGACUGUGAAGAAAACGAAAAUGAUCAACACAAAAAGGACGUCUAG